AACGUGGUUAAUGCUCAAUGCAGAAUUGAAAAAGAAUUUGUUGGUUGUUUUUGUUAAUAUUGAAUUUCAAUUGAAUUCUUUUGGUUUGUUUUUUGAAAAAAAUGAAUCGUCAUCCAAAACCUAGUGCAAUUCUUGUUGGUGAUGAAAUUGGACAAUUAAAACGAAUUGACUUGAAGAAAAAUGAACAGAAAAUUAUUGAAUUAAUUCCGGAUGAAUCGAAGCAUCCAUCCAAAAGUAUCGUUUCAAUACAUCCAUUGAAUAAAGUUCAUUCCAAAUCUUCGGAACAAAAUUUCCUGAUUGCACGAAAAGAUCAUGAAAUUUUCAUCUACGAUAUUAACACCGACAAUGUUGAAUCAAUCAAAUACAUAAAUGAAAACAAAACACCAUUAAUAGGAUGUCGAUGUAUUGAUGAUCAAAAUAUUGUCAUCGGUUUUGCUGACGGUUCCAUCAAACGUAUCAAUGUUGAAAUGGAUCUUUGUUUUGCACGAUAUAAACCAAAUUUAAAAGCAAUCAAUCUGCUGGGAAUCGAUUCUUGUUCGGAUGUAUCAUCAUUCGCAACUUUCGAUUCACCAACACCAACACGAAAACGUAAAAGAAUUGAUAAUAAUUUUUCAGUGAAAACAUCGAAAACAGCAAAUGAAAUAUCCGAUGAACAGCAAAAUAUUUUAUCCAUUUUUCAACCAAAUUGGAAUAUUGAUCACACCCGUCUGACAUGUUUUGAAGCCACCAAUAAUAAAUUGGCCGUUGGUGGAUUUAAUUCUGAUCUAAAAGUUUUUGAUCUAAAUACUGGUCAAUCAUUGUUCAAUGCUAAAUCUGUCAAUACAGAUUGGCUUGGAAUUCGACAUGAUUUAUGGAUUAGCGAUAUUGAGUGGAUUGGUUCAACCGAAAACGGUAAUGAUCCCAAUUUAUUGGCAACUUGUUCACGAACUGAACCUUUUAUUCGAAUAUACGAUAUUAAACAACAACAACGCAAACCAGCAAUGAUAAUCGAUUUAAAGCAUUUAAAUAAUGAUAAUAGUUCAAAUCCAUUAUCAUAUACUAGUUUAUGUUCGCUGCCAAGUUUAUCCAAUUAUGGACAAGCAUCAUCAUCAUUAAUCGUUGGAACAACACUAGGUCGAAUGAUUGCAUUGGAUCUUCGUCUAAAAUCCAAUAAUUCUACAAAAAUAUUGGGUUCAUUUAAAGGUUUUUCCGGCGGUUCGAUUCGUGAUAUAAAAUCCUGUCAAGAUUCCCAGAUUUCACAUAAAAUAUUUUCCUGUAGUAUUGAUCGUUUUGUUCGUAUUCAUACUAUGACCAAAACACAACGAAUAUUGGAUCGAAAAAUAUAUGUCAAAACACGUCCAACAUGUUUAUAUCCCAUUAUAACGGACAAUGAUCGAUCCGAAUCAGAAGCCAAAACAUCAUCAUCAUCAAAUAGUUCCAAUGACGACGACGACGACACUGAUGAUGAUAGCGAAUCAGAUGAAACUUGAAAUGGCAACAAAUCAUUAUUUUUAUUAGAGUUAGAAAUUUGUUUCGCUUGCCUGUACAAAUAUCAUAAUAAUUUAAUAAGUUUUAUAAGGAAAAAAACAUUUUUAAUGA